AUGUCCAUAGUUCAUGAUGUCUCCCACACAAGGCACGACAUCUUCACAAUUCCUGAUGUCACACAGACAUCCCACACAGCUUGUCAUGACAUGUCUCACAUAGCUUGUCAUAACAUGUUACACACAGCUGGUGGCACCCGCUGGACACGCGGCAGGAGCAGCCGCAUGCCGACCGCGCCGCGCGCCACGCCGCACUGCACCGAGCUGGCUGUCGCGCCGCUGCGGCCCGCCGCGCUUGAGCCGCCGCCGCCCACGCGCGGGCACCUGCAGCUGGCGCCGCUAGGCGCGCUGCACUCCACGCACCUUUGCACGCUGACUACUUUCGGCUCUGCUGGCACAAGAAAUCAUCAUACAGUACAUCUAUACACCAUCAUACAGUAGGGGAACCUGUUGUACUUAGGCCAGUUUUUCGAAUUUUGAUUUUUUGAAAAAUAAUGGUGAUAGUUAAACUUGUCUAGUGCAGUUAUAUUUAAAGAUCAUUUAAUUAACUACAUAAUUCAUUCAUAAAAUUGUGUAUAAUUUUAAAAAUUUUGGCAUACUAGCUGCUAGAAAAAAAAAGGGAAAACUGUCCUAGGUACAACAAACCAGAUGUACCUUGGACCGUGUACGUUGUACCUAUUUAAAUUUAAAUAAAUGCUUAUAUUCGCUUCAA